AUGGCCAGUCAAGCGGAAAGCCAAGGGGCGAAAUUCUUUGGAAAAGAUAACCCUUUUGAACUACGAGUACUCGAAAACAAUGCCGCUUCAGCCACGGAUGACGAUCUACUCAAGGCUGCGGAAUACCUUGAAAGUAUUUUCGGAGACUCACACGCAUGGUGUGGUGGCUGGGCCAUGAGAUUGCGAGGGUCUGAGCGACACACAGAAGAUUUGGACAUUGUGAUACAAGCUCCUUCUACUGCAAACAUUUGGGAGAAACUUAGGCCGCACAGCAGGAUCACCCUAUACUAUCAUAAACAGAUUCUCGAAGAAGGUGGUGACCAGUUCAAGAUAUUUGUGGAUUCGCACGACAAGCAACUUGUCUGCGUCGAUGUCAUUUUGGCAGGGCGGCUUGAGACGCCUACGCUUGAGACGCAAGACGUCGUGGAAGUAGUCACUCCAGCGGAGACGCUGACUGGGGCGGAGGGCAAGAAGCGAGUCAUGUCUUUGCGCUGGCAAGUCCGCCAAAAGCUUCAUGCGAUAGCUACUCGCCGUAAAGAUACGGACUGCACGGACUUGGUUUGGCUGAUCGAAACGUAUCGCACCGAAAUUGGCGGCUGGAUCCAGGACGAAGUCAAGGAUAGGCGCGAAACCUUUUUCCGAUGGUUUUAUGACAAUGAGAUGGAUGAUGACGAAGUGGAUGCGAUGAAACAGUAUUUAGGCUUGGAGGGCGACCAGCGCUGA